AUCUCUAUCUAUGGUUCCCGGAAGUCUCGCCCUCCACCGCUGGCGCCUGCCCCUCUCGCCGGUAAAAUGGCGGCUGUCGGUUGUGAUGUACCGAUGCCUCAAGAACCAGACCGAAUGACUGGAGAGGACAUGGAAAGAGAAGCAGAAGAUUUCAAAGAGCAAGGAAAUGCCUUCUACGUGAGGAAAGAUUAUUCAGAAGCAUUUAACUUCUAUUCAAAAGCUAUAGAUUCAUGUCCCAGGAAUGCCAGUUAUUAUGGAAACCGGGCUGCCACCCUAAUGAUGCUGGGUCGCUUCCGCGAUGCACUUGAAGAUGCACAGCAGGCUGUCAGGCUGGAUGACACAUUUGUGAAGGGUCAUCUUCGGGAAGGCAAGUGCCAUUUGUCACUGGGUAAUGCCAUGGCAGCAACCCGCUGUUUCCAGAAAGUCCUUGAAAUGGAGCCCGAUAAUGUACAGGCACAGCAGGAGCUGAGGAAUUCCAGAUCUGUGUGCGACUUUGAGAAGAUGGCAGAGAGCGACUUUGACAAGCGGGAUUUCAGAAAGGUGGUGUUCUGCAUGGACCGGAUUCUGGAGUUUGCCCCGUCAUGUCACCGCUUUAAAAUCCUGAAGGCAGAGUGCUUAGCAUUGCUUGGCCGCUACCCAGAGGCACAGUCUGUAGCCAGUGAUAUCUUGCGUAUGGACUCCACAAACGCCGAUGCCCUCUAUGUGCGUGGACUGUGCCUCUACUAUGAAGACUGCAUCGACAAAGCCGUGCAGUUUUUUGUCCAGGCGCUGAGAAUGGCACCCGAUCAUGAGAAAGCUAGACUGGCCUGCCGAAAUGCAAAAGCAUUAAAAGCUAAGAAGGAGGAAGGAAACCAGGCAUUCAAAGAAGGAAACUAUGAGGCAGCAUACACUCUGUACACUGAAGCCCUCACAAUAGACCCCAACAACAUUAAAACGAACGCCAAGCUGUACUGCAACAGGGGCACGGUAGGGGCUAAGCUAAAAAAAUUAGACCAGGCAAUAGAAGACUGCUCCAGUGCCAUCAAGCUGGAUGACACCUACAUCAAAGCGUAUUUAAGGCGAGCGCAGUGCUAUAUGGACACAGAACAGUAUGAAGAGGCAGUCCGAGACUACGAGAAGGUGUACCAAACCGAGAAAACGAAAGAACACAAACACUUCCUUAAAACUGCACAACUUGAACUGAAGAAGAGCAAAAGAAAAGAUUAUUACAAAGUCCUGGGCAUUGACAAAAACGCCACAGAUGACGAGAUCAAGAAGGCGUACAGGAAACGAGCUCUUAUGCAUCAUCCAGACCGUCAUAGUGGUGCGAGUCCAGAGGUGCAGAAAGAAGAGGAGAAGAAGUUUAAAGAGGUGGGGGAAGCUUUCACCAUCCUCUCCGACCCCAAGAAAAAAGCGAGAUACGACAGCGGACAGGAUCUGGAUGACGAGGGCAUGAAUAUGGGUGAUUUUGAUGCCAAUAAUAUCUUCAAAGCUUUCUUUGGCGGUCCAGGGGGGUUCAGUUUUGAAGCAUCGGGUCCUGGAAAUUUUUUCUUUCAGUUUGGCUAAGACAAUAAAAAGGGAAAGAUAUUUAAAAAAAAAAAAAACAACAACAAAACACUCGGCAUCAAUUCUAAAGAACUUUCCAUUUUGUUUCUGGACCCUUCCGUCAUGGAGCUAUUGUAAUCGGACUCAUCUUCCUGCAAGUUUUAAUGUACUUCAUGACAUCUCUGUCUUCAGUCGGAUCCCGCUGUAGUUUGUGCUUACGUUGGAAGAGAGAAGGGAGGUCAACCUUAAAGCGACAGGGCAUCCGUAGCCUCCUUUUUAUUAGGAAUGAAUUUAACAGCAAAUAAAAUGGUUCUUAACAUGUGGCAAUAUAAA